AUGUCAGCAAUGAGCAGAGAGAGAGCAGAGCUGGUAAAAAUAGAGGAGAAGAGGGAGGAGGAGAGGAGUGAUGAAGAGGAGGAGAAUUAUGGGGAGGCAAUGAGAGAGUUUUCCUCCUCCACCUCCAGGAGAAAACCUGAACCUCCCAGACUACAAAUCAUCCCUAAAGUCCCGGAGGUGGUGGAUGACUUCCUGAGGAACUUCCUGCACAGACACGGGCUGAGGCGGACGUUGAGCAGCUUCGAGGCCGAGUGGUACGGCUCGGCUCAGAGACUCCAGACCGAAUCUCUGAGGAUGACCUCUACAGGUGUCUCCUUCAUCCCUGACGCCCUCACUCACAAACAGGUCCUCCUCAGUGAGCUGCAGGAGGUCCACAGGGAGGCCGCGCUCCUCAGAGAGGAGGUGCUGGCCACAGGGGAGAGCCUGGUGAGGAUGGAGAGGGAGAGAGACUUCCACCAGCUACAGUACAGACGAAUCCAGGAGGAGAAAAAACAGCUGAUGGAGGAUUUUAAAAAGCUGAAGAAACACCUGGAAUCCUACGAGCCGGCGCUGAAACAGCUGGAUGACAAAUAUCAAACAGCUCUGAGGCACAAGAUGCUCAUCAGUUUGGAGAAGGAGCGAGUCAAGAACACCAUGAAUCUGGAGAAAUCGCGAAUCAAGAAAGACAGAAGCAUUAAGAGUUCUGAUAAACCAAAAGACAAAUCCACUAUCACCAAACCUCCAAAGAAAACGGAGUUCCCAGACCCUCACCUGGCCCAGGUGAGCUUUCAAACAUGCAAGAGUUCCUUCAGCCUGUCCAGCUCCAUCAGAGCUCACGACCUUCCAAUCAGCUGCAUCGACCUCCAUCCACGGAAACAGAUCCUUGCCACCGCCAGUGAUGAUCAAAAAUGGAGGCUGUGGGCGCUGCCGGUCGACGGGGAGAAGGUUGGUCAGAUGGUGCUCACAGGUGAUGGUCACUCUGAUUGGCUGUCUGGCUGCUGUUUUCAUCCUGAUGGAGCAAAACUGGCAACAACCAGCGGAGACGCUACGGUGCGUCUCUGGGAUUUCUCCCGUGGUUCCUGUGUGCUAAACCUCUCUGGUCACACUCAGCCCACCUGGAGCUGCUCCUUCCACUCCUGUGGUCACGUUCUAGCUUCCUGCUCCGCCGACAGAACCAUCAAGCUUUGGGACAUGAAAAGAGGACACUGUCAGCUCACGCUGCGCCGCCACACUGCCUCUGUCAACAGUGUCUGCUUCCUUCCCUUCUCUGACCUCCUCCUGAGCUGCUCGGCUGACAAAUCCCUCGCCAUGUGGGAUGCCAGGCCUGGAGUCUGUGUCGCCACCUUCCAGGGUCACCAGUACCCGUGCAACCACGUCGCCUUCAGCCUGGCAGGAAACAUCACUGCUUCCUGUGACUCUGGCGGAAUCGUCAACCUGUGGGACAUCAGGAAACUGUCAACAGCAGUGGCAACCGUGGACGCAGGACCAUCAGCUAAUCAGGUGGCAUUUAAUCCACAAGGAAGGAUUUUAGCCACUGCCUGCAGUGAUACCCGGGUCAUAUUGGUGGACAUGAAUUCCCUCGGUGUGAGCGGUUUGAUGGGACACAGUGAUGAUGUGCAGAGUGUGACGUUUGACCACAAGGGGGAGACUUUAAUAUCAGCAGGAAGUGAUGGGAUGGUAAAUGUUUGGUCAUGA